AUGCUGUUUGCUUUACUUUUGCUAACAUUUUCAGUAUGCGCUCAAGCUAUUGAGUGUAAUUCAUCACAGUCUUGCCCAGAAAGUGCACCAUGUUGCUCUCAAUACGGUGUGUGUGGUACAGGUUCAUACUGCCUGGGUGGUUGUGACCCAAAAUUCUCUUACAGCAUAGAUGCGUGUAUGCCAAUGCCUGUUUGUAAAGAUACUACGACAGUCUUUGACAAAUAUGUCUCUAAAAUGGUUAGUGGCUACGAAUACUUGGGUAAUGCUUCCGCAGCGGACUGGAUUUAUGAAGGGUACGUUAUGGACUACGAGGAUGAAAAUGCCAUGAUCAUGGCGAUGCCCUUGAAUGCUUCCACUGUUGUGUCUUCAACUCGUUAUGUCUGGUUUGGUAAGAUUGGUGUCAGAAUGAAGACGUCGCACGAUCCAGGUGUCGUUACCGCAUUCAUCAUGUUUUCAUCUGUUCAGGAUGAAAUUGACACUGAAUUCAUUGGAGCCAACUUGACUACAGUUCAAACAAACUACUACUUUGAAGGUGUUGUAAAUUACACUGAUUCACAUGCUCACAACAUUUCCACUACAGACACGUUCGAAAACUAUCAUGAUUAUGAAAUUGACUGGCAAGAAGAUUAUAUCACUUGGUCAGUGGAUGGUGUGGUUGGUAGAACAUUGUAUAGGAACCAAACUUACAACAGUACCACCAAAGUGUACGAUUUCCCACAAACACCAUCCCGUGUGCAGCUUUCAUUGUGGCCAGGCGGUAACUCCAACCAAGCCCCGGGUACUAUUGCAUGGGCAGGUGGUGCGAUUGAUUGGAAUUCUACAGACAUGGAAAAUUACGGUUACUACUAUGCUGUUAUUCAGAGUAUCAACGUAACCUGUUACGACCCACCCUCUGGAACAAUAAAAAACGGUACCACAUCUUACCAGUAUACUGAUGACAAGGACUUUACAAAAGAUAAGAUCAUAAUCGGUGAUGCUGGCACCAUUUUGGCGUUAUACAAUAACACAGGUCUAGAUCCUGAUGCCGGAAAAGUUUCAUCAUCUUCAUCGAAGUCCAGCAGCACAUCAUCCAGCAGCACAUCAUCCAGCGGAGAAUCAAAAACUUCCUCAUCUCAUACCCUAAAGUCCAUAGGUGGCUCUACUUCUAGUGAUUCUGAAAGUAGCACGACAUCAAGCUCAGAAACCCAGACUGGAUUCGUGCAAAACAUCAAAAGCACCAGCUCUGGAACAGCGUCAGUCCAAGGCACAACGACUAGUUCUGGUGGUGCCCCAGGCGGUGUUUAUGUUCCUGAUAAGUUCGCUAGUUUUGCAGGUACCUUAAUGACACUAGUGGGUUCUGUUAUGGCGUUUGUACUUUAA